AUGGAAGAGCCUGCAGCUCCCUCAGAAGCCUCCGCGGCCGCAUCUGCCUCCUCCGGGACCGAAGCCGUGGUAGCAGGGCAGCAGGGCUCCCGGCCCGGCCUCCGGGCGCCUAGGGCCGCGGCUGCGCUAGGCCCGGCCCCUACCUGUGCGUCACGCCGCGUGCUGGCACCGGCCUCGGGGGGCGGGGCGAGACUAUUGGGGCUCCGGGACCGGGCCAGCGGCAGCUGGACCAAGCUGGUGGCCUGCAGGUACUUUCUGCAUGGGCUGUGUAAAGAAGGGGACAAUUGCCGCUACUCGCACGAGCUCUCCAGCCCGACUGGGGCCUCCGUGAGCCGCGCGCCCCCGCCCCAGGCCUCUGAUGACAGCGGCCCCAGCACGACUGCGCAGAGCGGCUCCCUGACUCAUGGUGGGGCGGAAGCCCCCCUCGCUGCUUCCUCAAGCUCCUGGCCUCCGAUUGGCUCCCAUGCAGAAAGGGGUUUCUUUGAAGAUGAGCCUGAGUGGGAAGGCUGUGCAGCCGCCGGAGCGGGAGCCGGAGCCGGAGCCGGAGCCGGAGCCGGAGCCUGGUGCGAUGCGGUUGAGUUUGUCCCCGGGCAGCCUUAUCGGGGUCGCAGGGCUCCACCCGUCCGGGAGACACCCCCCCAGAGCUCGAUGGUGGGGAAGGAGCAGAUCGCCGCGGGCAGGGGGGAGCAGCUUUGCCCCUAUGCUGCUGGAGGCGCGUGCCCUCGUCAGGAGAGAUGUACCUACCUCCAUCGAGAGCCCUGCGACUUGUGUGGGCUGCAGGUCAUGCACCCGGUGGAUGCUGUGCAGAGGGCCGAGCACACCCGGGCCUGCAUAGACGCGCACGAGAAGGAUAUGGAGCUAUCGUUUGCUGUGCAGUGCAGCAUGGAAAAGGUGUGCGGUAUCUGCAUGGAGGUGGUCUAUGAAAAAGCCCACCCCAGCGAUUGCCGCUUCGGCAUCCUCUCCAGCUGCAACCACACCUAUUGUCUCAAGUGCAUUCGCGCCUGGAGGCGAGCCAAGCACUUCGAGAACAGGAUCGUCAAGUCGUGCCCGCAGUGCAGGAUCACCUCCAACUUCGUGAUUCCCAGUGAGUUCUGGGUGGAGGACGAGGAAGAGAAGCAGAAGCUCAUUCAGCAAUACAAAGAGGCGAUGAGCAACAAGGCGUGCAGGUACUUCGACGAAGGAAGGGGCCGCUGCCCGUUUGGAGAGCACUGUUUUUACAAGCAUUCACACCCUGAGAGCUCCGGAGAAGACUCUCAGAGGCAGGAGGCUGGAACAUCCAGCAUUUAUGGGAAUCAACUUUUACAGGGCAACAUGCCCUUGAAGAUCAAGGAAAUGGAGAAUGGCACACUUCGUCUGGCCAAGCUGUUGUUGAAGCUUCUUUUUAAACUGGACAAAUAUUUCCGCAGGAAUCUGUAG